AUGGCAUCAGAGGUCCACAUGACAGGCCCAAUGUGCCUCAUUGAGAACACUAAUGGGCGACUGAUGGCGAAUCCAGAAGCUCUGAAGAUCCUGUCUGCCAUUACACAGCCUGUGGUGCCUGUGGUGGUGGUGGCGAUUGUGGGCCUCUACCGCACAGGCAAAUUGAUGAACAAGCUGGCUGGGAAGAAAAAGGGCUUCUCUCUGGGCUCCACAGUGCAGUUUCACACUAAAGGAAUCUGGACGUGGUGUGUGCCCCAUCCCAAGAAGCCAGGCCACAUCCUAGUUCUGCUGGACACUGAGGGUCUGGGAGAUGUAGAGAAGGGUAACAACCAGAAUGACUCCUGGAUCUUCGCCCUGGCCGUCCUCCUGAGCAGCACCUUCGUGUACAACAGCAUGGGAAUCAUCAACCAGCAGGCCAUGGACCAACUGCACUAUGUGACAGAGCUGACACAUCGAAUCCGAUCAAAAUCCUCACCUAAUGAGAAUGAGAAUAAGGAUUCAGCUGACUUUGUGAGCUUCUUCCCAGACUUCGUGUGGACACUGAGAGAUUUCUCCCUGGACUUAUUAGCAGAAGGACAACCCAUCACAGGAGAUAAGUACCUGACAUACUCCCUGAGGCUGAAGCAAGGGCCACUUGGAAGAGAAGCAGGUGGGGCAGUAGUUGAGGUGUCUCUGCAGUUGAUUCGCAGUGAAAGGCAGGUUAUGAGUAUAGGGACAGCCCUUCAGCCAUAUGGUCCCCUCCCUACCCUGAGGAUAAGGACAUUUGAGAGAAGCCAAUGCUUUCCCUCAGGGUUCAACACGCGUUAUAUAAAUGCCAAGUUACUCAGGGGCGCACACGUGAGAGGGCUGGGGCCCGACACACGCGGUGUACUGCCGGUCACCGGUGUGGCGCGCUGGGGGGACACACCAAAGCCCCUGUCCCUCCCGCCUCUGGAACGCAGUCCCCGCUCUUUCCAGCUGCUCCGCGGGGCGUGUGGCUGUGCGCUGCCUCCUGCGGAUCCGAGGCUGGGCGAGGGGGCCGCGGUGGCCACAUGGCGCGCUCGGGGAGAUAGCAGCUGCGCUUUGUUUCCAGCAGUGAGAGGUGAGUCACCGGCUCCCGCAGCCCCAGAGCUGGGCAAACACUCAGGCCCAGGCAGCUGA